AUGAGCGGGAGGACAGAGUUGAGCAUGAGCGGGAGGACAGAGUUGGGGAUAAGCGGAGGACAGUUGGAGGAUGAGCGGGAGGACAGAGUUGAGGAUGAGCGGGAGGACAGAGAUCCCAUACCACAGCAGACAAGGCCCACCACAGCAGACAAGGCCAAACACAGCAGACGACGCCCAUCACAGCAGACAAGGCCCAUCACAGCAGACAAGGCCCACCACAGAGACAAGGCCCACCACAGCAGACAAGGCCAACACAGACGACGCCCAUCACAGCAGACAAGGCCCAUCACAGCAGACAAGGCCCACCACAGCAGACAAAGGCCCACCACAGCAGACGAGGCCCAACACAGACGAGCCCACCACAGAGACGAGGCCCAACACAGCAGACGAGGCCCACCACAGCAGACGAGACUCACCACAGUAGACGAGACCCACCACAACAGACGAGACCCACCACAGCAGAGACGAGACCCACCACAGCAGACGAGACCCACCACAGACGAGGCCUACCACAGCAGACGAGACCCACCCACAGCAGACGAGACCCACCACAGCAGACGAGACCCACCAUGCAGGGAAGCUAUAAACAGGUCCUCAGCAGAUGACGUCAGAAGAGAAUAG